AUGACGUUGCCUAAGAAGCUCACAUCAUUACACAGUGAGGAAGAACCGAAGGGCAUGGUGGCAUCCCUGAUAGAAGGGCAGCGGCCUCUGACUUCCUCUCCUCCCAGCAGCCGGCCUGGGAUUCUGCUCUGCAAGGCAGACACUUCCCGAAGUGGCUGCUGUUCCCAGCUGGCCCCCAUCCUGGUAUCUGUGGUCCAGGUAGAGGUCUGUGACUGCAACGGGAAGUCCAAGCAAUGCAUCUUCGAGCAGGGGCUUCACCGACAGACAGGCAAUGGCUUCCGUUGCCUCAACUGCCAGGACAACACAGAUGGUGUUCACUGUGAGAGGUGCAGGAAGGGCUUCUACCGACACCGGGACAGAGACCGCUGCCUGCCCUGCAACUGUCACGCCAAAGGUUCUCUCAGCGUUCAAUGUGACAACUCUGGACAGUGCAGCUGUAAGCCAGGUGUGACAGGAGAGCGAUGUGACCGGUGUCUGCCAGGCUUCCACACACUCACGGAUGCUGGAUGCACCCCAGACCAGAACCUUCUGAACCGCAAGUGUGACUGUGACCCGGCUGGCAUUGCGGGGCCCUGUGAUUCCGGCCACUGUGUCUGCAAACCAGCUGUCACUGGAGAGCGCUGUGACAGGUGUAAACCAGGUUAUUACCAUCUGGACAGAGGAAAUCCUGAGGGCUGUACCCAGUGUUUCUGCUACGGGCAUUCAGGCAGCUGCCGUAGCUCUGUAGACUUCAGUGUUCAUAAGAUCACCUCUAACUUCCAAGAAGAUGUUGAUGGAUGGAAGGCUGUCCAAAAAAACGGGUCUCCUGCAAAGCUCCAUUGGUCACAUCGCCAUCGAGAUGUGUUUAGUUCAGCCCGACACUCAGACCCUGUUUAUUUUGUGGCUCCAGCCAAAUUUCUUGGUAAUCAGCAGGUAAGCUACGGGCAAACCCUGUCUUUUGACUACCGUGUGGACAGAGGCGGCAGACACCCCUCUUCCCAUGAUGUGAUUUUGGAAGGCGCUGGCCUACGGAUCACAGCUCCUCUGAUGCCUCUUGGCAAGACACUCCCUUGUGGGCUCACCAAGACUUACACAUUCAGGUUAAGUGAACAUCCAAGCAGCAACUGGAGCCCUCAGCUGAGUUAUUUUGAGUACCGAAGAUUGCUACGGAACCUCACCGCCCUCCGGAUCCGGGCCACAUACGGAGAGUACAGUACUGGGUACCUUGACAACGUGACCCUCAUUUCAGCCCGCCCUGUCUCUGGAGCCCCUGCACCUUGGGUUGAACAUUGUGUAUGUCCUGUUGGAUACAAGGGACAAUUUUGCCAAGAUUGUGCUUCUGGCUACAAAAGAGAUUCAGCAAAGCUAGGGCCUUUUGGCAGCUGUAUUCCCUGCAACUGCCAAGGGGGAGGGACCUGCGAUCCAGACACAGGAGAUUGUUAUUCGGGGGACGAGAGCCCUGACAUCGAGUGUGCUGACUGUCCCAUUGGUUUCUACAAUGAUCCACACGACCCCCGCAGCUGUAAGCCAUGCCCUUGUCACAAUGGGUUCAGCUGCUCGGUGAUGCCAGAGACUGAGGAGGUGGUGUGCAGCAACUGCCCCCCAGGGGUCACUGGUGCUCGCUGUGAACUCUGUGCCGAUGGCUACUUUGGGGACCCCUUCGGAGAACAUGGCCCAGUGAGACCUUGUCAACCCUGUCAAUGCAAUCACAACGUGGACCCCAGUGCAUCUGGGAACUGUGACCGGCUCACAGGCAGGUGCUUGAAAUGCAUCCACAACACAGCUGGCUUCUACUGUGACCAGUGCAAAGCGGGCUACUUCGGGGACCCAUUGGCUCCCAAUCCAGCAGACAAGUGUCGAGCUUGCAACUGCAACCCCAUGGGCGCAGAGCCUGGCGAGUGCCACAGUGAUGGCAGCUGUGUUUGCAAGCCAGGAUUUGGUGGAGUCAACUGUGAGCAUGCUGCACUGACCAGCUGUCCUGCUUGCUAUAAUCAAGUAAAGAUGCAGUUGGGUCCCUUUAUGCAGCAGCUGCAGAGCCUGGAGGCCCUGGUGUCCCAGACUCAGGGGAGCGGCGGAACGGUGCUCAACUCAGAACUGGAAGGGAGGAUGCAGCAGGCUGAGCAGGCCCUUCAGGACAUUCUGAGAGAAGCCCAGAUUGCAGAAGAUGCUAGGAGAUCCCUCAGUCUCCAGGUGGCCAAGGUAAGGGGUCAAGAGAACAGCUACCAGAGCCGCCUGGAUGACCUCAGGAGGACUGCUGAAAGGAUUCAGGCCCUGAGCAGCCAGCACCAGAACCAAGUUCAGGACACUCGCAGGCUUAUCACGGAAAUGCGCUUGAGCCUGGCGGAAAGCGAAGCGUCCCUGCGCAACGCCAACAUUCCUCCCUCUGAGCACUAUGUGGGGCCAAAUGGCUUUAAAAGUCUGGCUCAGGAGGCCACGAGUUUGGCAGACAGCCAUGCUGAGUCAGCCAGUAACAUGGAACAACUAGCAAGGGAAACUGAGGACUUUUCUAAACAAGCUCUAGCCCUGGCCCGCCAGGCUGUGAAUGGAGGGGGCGGAAGUGAUAUUUCAGACAGCUCUGUGGUACAAGGACUUAUGGGAAAAUUAGAGACCACCAGGUCCCUGGCCCUGCAGCUUUCAAGGGAAGCCACUCAGGCUGACCUGGAGGCAGAUCAAUCUUACCAGCACAGUCUCCGCCUUCAGGAUUCAGUGUCUCAGCUUCAGGGACUCAGUGAUCCAUCUUUUCAGGUGGAAGCAAAGAGGAUCAGACAAAAAGCUGACUCUCUCUCAAGCCUGGUAACCAGGCACAUGGAUGAGUUCAAGCUUGUGCAGAGCAAUCUGGGAAACUGGGAAAAAGAAAUGCGGCAGCUCUUGCAGAGUGGAAAGGAUGGGCGUCAGAAAGCAGGCCAGCUGCUUUCCCGUGCCAACCUUGCUAAAAGCAGAGCCCAAGAAGCACUAAGUAUGGGCAAUGGCACUUUUUAUGAAGUGGAGAGCAUUCUGAAGAACCUGCGAGAGUUUGACCUGCAGGUUGAAAAUAGAAAAGCAGAAGCCGAAGAGGCCAUGAAGAGACUCUCCUACAUCAGCCAGAAGGUUGCAGACGCCAGUGACAAGACUGAGCAAGCUGAAGCCGCCCUGGGGAGCGCGGCUGCCGACGCCCAGCGGGCAAAGAGCGCGGCCAGGGAGGCCCUGGAGAUCAGCAGCGAGAUAGAACAGGAGAUAGGGAGUCUGAACUUGGAAGCCAAUGUGACAGCAGAUGGGGCCUUGGCUAUGGAGAAGGGACUGGCCAAUCUGAAGAGUGACAUAAGGGAGGUAGAAGGAGAGCUGGCGAGGAAGGAGCUGGAGUUUGACGCUGAUAAGGACGCAGUGCAGAUGGUGAUUACAGAAGCCCAGAGAGUUGAGACCAGAGCCAAGAAUGCCGGAAUCACAAUCCAAGACACGCUCGAGGCAUUGGAUGGCAUCCUACACCUAAUAGACCAGCCUGAUAGUGUGAAUGAAGAGGGGCUGAUGUUAUUGGAGCAGGAGCUUUCUCGGGCCAAGACCCAUAUCAAUAGCCAGCUGCGGCCCUUGAUGUCAGAGUUGGAAGACAGGUCCCGUCGACAGAGGGGGCAGCUCCAUUCGCUGCGGGCAAGCAUUGAUGGCAUUCUGGCUGAUGUGAAGAACCUGGAGAACAUUAGAGACAACCUGCCUCCGGGCUGCUAUAACACCCAAGCUCUUGAGCAACAGUGAAGCUGUCGUAGAGAUUCCUCAAAGGAGAGUUUUGGGAUACAGACCUCAGGGGUCAGGAGCCAUCUCUUCUGGGUACAUGAAUGGGGGCGGGGGUAACAAGCAUGUGAACUCCACUCCAUCCCUGAGACUGUGGCUAUACGGGUGUGUGACUGCACCAGUUCGGUUCUGUUUGCUUCCUGACGCUGGCAAUGAGGCAGACAGCACUGAGUGGGAAACUGACCAAGGACCAACUACACAGGCAGAUGUUGGCCACAGAGCAAUCAUAAACGCAGCUCUGGAACAUGGACACGUGCUGCAGGGUUAGUCAGUAUAUUCUUUUAAGUGGUAAGACUAAGAGAAAAAAAAAAUUGACUUUGCCCAGGCAUAAAAUUCGCUGUCCUGAUGUCAGGACAGCGAAAGCCAAUUAUACCAUGGCCAGUAAAAUACUGUUGUUGUUUCUUAUUGCCCGCUACAAGCUUUCCUUGAGCAGAGCUCUUCCCAUUUACCACCCAACACAUGUCCCUUGCAAGCUGGACGACAGAGCAGUGUGGACGGAGGGGCUGGAAGGCUGGCCCGUGCGGAACAGUGGUUCUGGGCUUGGGAGCAACACUCUUCCUCCUCAUGAUGCUGUGGUGACUUAGAGACUGAACUUUCAUUAAAGCGUUUCCUACCGACAAAGCCAACACUGGAAAAGUAUUUACUCUAGGAUUUCAAAAGGAUAGGGGAAAAACAUGUGACUUGGGCACUGAAAGAUGUACAAUUAUCUAGAUUUAAUAAGCCUAACUCAGUCCCCCCUUUUACAUGCUGAAACCUAUGGGCAUUUGGUUAUUUUCUCUUACUCUCUUUCUUCCCCUUGUAGCAGGGGAAAUCCAUCCUUCCAACAGAUAUUUAUUGACUCCCUACUGUGUGCCAGGGGUGAGCAGUUCAGUACGGAAAUAGUCUCCUCUGUCCUCAUAGCGCUCAUCGUCUAGUGAGGAGGACACACA